CCCCGGACUCUGCAUUCACUAUAUCUGGUCCCCCACAGAUCCUGCAUUCAUUAUAUCUGGUCUCCCCGGAUCCUGCAUUCAUUAUAUCUGGUCUCCCCGGACCCUGCAUUCACUAUAUCUGGUCUCCCCGGACCCUGCAUUCACUAUAUCCGGUCUCCCCAGACCCUGCAUUCACUAUAUCUGGUCUCCCUGGACCCUGCAUUCACUAUAUCCGGUCUCCCUGGAUCCUGCAUUCACUAUAUCUGGUCUCCCCGGACCCUGCAUUCAUUAUAUCUGGUCUCCCUGGAUCCUGCAUUCAUUAUAUCUGGUCUCCCCGGACCCUGCAUUUACUAUAUCUGGUCUCCCCGGACCCGGCAUUCACUAUAUCUGGUCUCCCCGGACCCUGCAUUCACUAUAUCUGGGCUCCCGGACCCUGCAUUCACUAUAUCUGGUCUCCCCGGACCCUGCAUUCACUAUAUCUGGUCUCCCAGACCCUGCAUUCACUAUAUCUGGUCUCCCAGGACCCUGCAUUCA